GAUGUCGCAACAGGACACACCUCCUUGGCCGUCCUUAUACAACCCUGGCAUAGAGAUCCUCCGCAUUGAUCACAGUGACCCCCGCCAACCUGGGGGUGCAUAUCUCUAUAACGCUAACGAUAUCUUCCGAUUCACGUUCUACUGGACACUAGUCUUCUACACGCCCAUCUUCCUCAUCUGUGGCACAUAUGCCUUUUGGAACUACGCCUUCCCACCCCCACCUCGAUUUAAUGGCAGCCAGCACACGCGAGAUUCUUCUUAUCAGCUUGUUUCCGUCGGGACGACCUCGCAAGGCAAAUUGCAUGCUCAGCCAACCCAGACUCCGAAGCCGAAUGAACGCCGGUCGAGAGUCGCUUUUGCACUCAUCGUAUUUUUCACGUUUCUCUUCAUGAGCCUUGCGGGCUCGGUGAUCAGCUCUGCGAUACUGGGUUUUGUCGCGACGGGGUUGUACAAGUCGGCGAAUUUCAAUAUGUCGAGGUGGAUACCCUUCUUGCUCGCUAUGCUGCAAGCUGCAAUUGGACUCCUGAGACCCUUUGGUAUAUCAUCGUCGGUUUUGCUUUUCGCCCUCGGGCUGCACGCCAUCUUCACACUGCUGCUGGUGUCAGAAGCUCCUCAAUUCGUGCAGCCCUCGAGGCCGUCUCGUUCGGACAACAGAUUACCAGACUA